AUGGAGGCACCUUGUUCUGUAUACAACAUGGAGGGCAAUUCUAAUAUAGAAGCAAUGGCUGAUUCAUUAAUUGAUAAAGUGGGGAUGGAGCAUUGCUCCAAGGAUGAGGCAACGGUACAAAACGUUCCUUUUGACGAGGUGGUACCUCUACAAGAGGAAUCAGAAGAUAUUGAUCUUUGCAACAUUUUCAUGGAAGGUGACUCAAGUAAUGCGGCCUUAACUCCUGAAGUCGUGAUGAAACAAAACAAAGCAAGAACAAGAGGAUUACCAACUAGUAAAGACUUGGAAAAAUUGGAGGGCAUCUGGAAAAAGUAUGACUUUGCUGGACUGCAAUUCCAUUUCUGUAUCACCUGUUGGGACCCUCCAAAAUUUGACAAAUUGGGUAAAAAAGGAAGUGGUUUUAAUUAUAGUGUUAGUGUUUUGCGUAAAUCUACUGGGAGGGGUAAGAGCCGAAAAGCUGGUGGUUUGAUCACACUGCAGCUCCCUGGACAAAAUGAAACUUUUGAAUCUGCUGAGAGUAGCUGCUUUUCCCUUUGCCGCUUGUUUCCUGAUAUACCUGUUCGGUUUCUGAUUACAGAGCCAUAUGCUUCGCUGGUUGUAAAAUGGGAGGAAGGGGAUUUGUCAGACGUGAUUGAAGACUCUAUGGAAGAUCGAAGGGCUGGUUUUGUGGAAUCAUUGUUAAAUGCGGAUUCUUCAGUAGGAAUUAGUUCAGCCGAUGUUUGUGAUAAUUCCAAUCAGAACAAGGUUUCUGAUAUGUUUGAUGAACAAUUUGCUGCUGCAAGUCUUCAGAGCAAUAACCCUUUGAAAGAAAAGGAAAGUUACUUCUUAAGACAAGAACUAGAAAACAAACAGAAGUCACCAAGAUACAAGAGCAUGUUGGAAGCCAGAACAGCACUUCCUAUAGCUAAAACAAAAGGUGAGAUAUUGCGAUCGUUGAAGCAAAACAAUGUCGUCGUUGUUUGUGGGGAAACAGGAUCUGGGAAGACAACUCAGGUUCCACAAUAUAUACUGGAUGACAUGAUUGUGGCUGGUCGUGGUGGGCAUUGCAACAUUGUAUGUACACAGCUACGGAGAAUAGCCGCUAUUUAUGUUGCUGAAAGGGUGGCCGAUGAGAGAUGUGAACCUGCACCUGGUGUAAAUGGAUCAUUAGUUGGUUACCAAGUUCGGCUAGAUAGUGCAAGGAAUGAUCAUACCAAACUCCUUUUCUGUACAAUUGGUAUUCUUUUACGGCAAAUUGCGGGGAACAAGAGCUUUCAUGGUGUUACUCAUGUUAUAGUUGAUGAGGUGCAUGAGCGCUCAUUAUUGGGUGAUUUCCUAAUUAUUGUCUUGAAAAACUUACUGGAAAAGCAAGCUGCAUGUGGCACCCAAACAUUCAAAGUUAUACUCAUGUCUGCAACAGUUGAUUCAAGUUUGUUUUCAAGAUAUUUUGGGGACUGCCCAGUGAUUACUGCUGAAGGUCGAACUUAUCCUGUGUCAACUUUUUUUCUCGAAGACGUAUAUGAAAAAACCGAUUCGGAUUCCCCAGCCUGUUUAGGUUUUAAGACAUCUGGCCAUGAGAUUGUUGGAGGUUCUAUUGACAACCGUAGAGGGAUGAAAAGUCUUGUCUUAUCAUCGAUGGGCGACGAAACUCUUCUAUUAGAAGAAUGCAAGAACCCACACUAUGACCCCAGUGCAUAUCAGUCAUACAGUGAGCAAACAAGAAUGAAUCUGAAAAAAUUGAAUGAAGGUGUAAUUGAUUAUGAUCUUCUUGAAGAUUUGGUGUGUCAUAUUGAUGAAAACUGUGGUGAUGGAGCAAUUCUUGUUUUCUUGCCUGGAAUUUCAGAAAUUUACAGGUUACGUCAUAAGCUGGCUGCUUCUUACCGCUUUGGUGGAGGGGAAUGGCUUUUGCCUUUGCAUUCAUCUGUUGCUGCAGCAGACCAAAAAAAGGUGUUUCGGAAGCCACCCAAUAACAUGCGUAAGAUUAUAAUGGCAACCAAUAUUGCAGAGACAAGCUUGACAAUAGAUGACGUGGUGUAUGUGGUUGAUUCUGGUAAACACAAGGAGUACCGCUAUGACCCACGAAAGAAACUCUCAAUGAUGGUUGAAGAUUGGAUAUCCCAAGCAAAUGCAAAACAACGACGAGGAAGAGCUGGACGAGUAAAACCUGGUACUUGCUUUUGCUCGUAUACGCGCCAUAGAUUUGAAAAAAUGAUGCGAUCCUUCCAGGUUCCUGAGAUGCUUAGAAUGCCACUGGUAGAAUUGUGUCUGCAGAUUAAGCUGCUUUCCCUUGGUGACAUAAAACUCUUUUUGUCCAAGGCUAUUGAAAUGCCGAAGAAUGAAGCUAUAGAUUCAGCAGUCUCAUCAUUAAAAGAGGUUGGUGCUGUCGAUGAAAAUGAAGAGCUAACUCUUGGGCAUCAUUUGGCCAAACUGCCAGUUGAUUUGCUGCUUGGCAAGAUGAUGCUAUAUGGUGCAAUAUUCGGAUGUUUAUCGCCUAUCCUGUCAAUAGCUGCAUUUUUGAGUUACAAAUCACCAUUUGUUCACCUGAAAGAUGAGAGAGAAAUUGUUGAACGAUCAAAACUGGCAAUUUUGUCAGAUAAGACUGAUGGAUCUAGCAAUUCAUACUAUAAUGCUAGUCAAUCUGAUCACAUCAUAAUGAUGAUUGCCUAUGAGAAAUGGGAGAAGAUUCUCAGUGACAAAGGGGUUAAGGCUGCUCAAAAUUAUUGUAAAAAACACUCUCUCAGCAGCUCAGUUAUGCACACAAUACGAGAUAUGAGAGUGCAACUUGGAACACUAUUGGCAGAUAUUGGUCUCAUCCAUCUCCCUGACGAUUAUCAGGGUAAGAGAAAAGGAAAUCUGGAUGGCUGGUUUUCUAAUGCAUCACAACCUUUUAACAAGCAUGCUAAUCAUUGUGCAGUGGUGAAGGCAAUAUUAUGUGCAGGUCUCUAUCCCAAUGUGGCUGCAACAGUGGAGGGUAUUCAUGCUCCAGCUCUUGGAAAUCUAAGGCAAUCACUUAAAUCUAUAUCUAAGGGCAGACCUGCCUGGUAUGAUGGAAAAAGAGAAGUUCAUAUACACCCUUCUUCUAUCAAUGGUGAUUCAAAGAUCUUCCAACAUCCCUUCCUUGUGUUCCUUGAAAAGGUUGAAACCCACAAGGUUUUUCUACGAGACACUACAAUCAUCUCUCCAUAUUCUCUUCUACUUUUUGGUGGUUCCAUGCAAGUUCAUCAUCAGUUGGGACUUGUAACGGUAGAUGGUUGGUUAAAGGUAACUGCACCAGCACAAACCGCUGUGCUAUUCAAGGAACUUCGAUCAACUCUACAGUCUGUUCUCGACGGAUUGAUCCGUAAUCCACAGAGAGCAACAGUUGAGAAUGAAGUUCUGCAAUCUAUUGUUCACUUCUUGGUGGCGGGAACCAAACCUCAGGCUUAACAUAUAAUCAGCAAUACAGUUUGCAGGAUCAAAUCUUGUAAGAGCCAUUUUUUUAAUCAUGGAUUGAAAAUUGGAUUAAAUGAGAAGAGCGUCGCGUGACACCUAAACUUCUUUAGGAACGCCUUCUAUACAUAUAGAAAAAUUUGUCAAUUGCAGUCAUUUAAAAUUUUUAUUUUGUAAAUUGCAGCCAUUUAAAAAAUAAAUUACAAAUUGCACCCCAAAACAUUCUUAUAAAUUUAUUGCAAUUCGAUUCAACUUUUUUUAUUGGUUCAUGUGUCGAAUAACAUUUGAUUAAGGUUUUUAUGGGCCAUUUUAGCACUUAAGGGUCCGAAUUGAGCUCGAAAAAAAAAAAAAAACUUGUUUUGUGUAACAAAAAUGUAUGAGUUUGUGGGCAACUAUUUUUUUUGUUGUAAAAACAAGACACUUAUGUUAUUUUUUUUUUGUCAAUUUCAAGCUAAAUUCUGACCCUCAAGAGCUAAAGUGACCUAAGAACUUUUGGAUUGCAAUUUAUUUUUUAAAUGACUGCAAUUUACAAAAUACAAAUUUUAAGUGACUGUAAUUUGUAAAUUUUCCAAAUAUAUACGAUGCAUUCUGUAAUUGUAUUGCUCUGUAUUCUCAACUCCACCUUAUUGUUCUUCAUGA